AUGGAAGAUGCGGUCGACAUGAGGGAGGACAUUGCAGGCUUUCGCCUCUUUGUUGUAUACGACGGGCAUGCCGAGCAAGAAGCGGUGUCCGUCGUGAAGCAGAUCCUGCCCAACAUCCUUGCAAGCCACCUCCAAGAUGAAGCGGAUGUAGAGACGGGCAUCUGCAAGGCCUUUGGGGCAGUCGAUGCGGAAGUUGCCAAAUCUCUGGUGGAAAAAGAGAUCAAAGAGUCGGAUCUGAAGGUCUCUUCAGGAACGGUGGCGUGCAUAGCGCUGGUCCGGGGAAAGGAGCUCUGGGUAGCAAACCUCGGGGAUUGCCGUGCAGUGCUCUGUAAGGAGGGCACGAAGGCCCAUACCAUCUCGGUAGACCACUGA